AUGGUUCAAUUUGAACCAUGGGAACUUGUGGCUAAUGUACAAAAAACAGCUCAGAGUUCACUUUUACAUAAAUGUAAUGCUGUUGAACUUGGAUACUACGAAGAUGAAUUUAUUGACAAAUUCAUUCAACCAAAACCACAAAUUACCAUUACAAGCUUAGUGUAUACUAUAAGAGUCAAGGGUAUAAGAAUAGUAUUGGACAAAUUCAUCCAAUCAUUUCCUAACCAAACUGUUCAAUUUGUUAAUCUUGGUUCUGGAUUUGAUACCAUAUCAUUCUAUGCUCUGAAAAAAUAUCCUAAUGUUAUUUGUUUUGAUACUGAUUUUGAUGAUCAAAUGAAAACUAAAUCUAAGAUCAUUUAUGAAAAUGACUGUUUCAAACAACUUUUACCAGAUCUCAAAUUGGAAAAUGAAUUCAUAUCUUCAAAUAGAUAUAAAAUUGUACCAUUUGAUUUAUCGAAUAUUAAUGAUUUUAAUAAUCUUAUUAAUGCUGGAUUAUCAUCAAAAUAUCCAACUUUUUAUUUGGCUGAGGCUGUGUUUAUGUAUAUUGACCCGAAUAUAGUUGAUCCAGUUAAUUGUGAUGAUAAAUUCGGAGAAAUGACCAUUCAGACUUUUAAAGAAUAUAAUCUCAGAAUUUUGGGAGUCACACUCUACAAUACAUUACAACAACAUAAUAAUAGAUAUUCGGAGUUGGGAUGGGAUGAUGUAUUAUCAACGAAUAUGAAUAUAAUCUGGCUAUUAUUUGAUCAAGAAGAGAAGAAAAGAAUUCAGAAUCUUGAGAGUUUCAAUGAAGUUGAGGAACUUGGGAUCAUUUGUGGUCACUUGAUGCUAGGGAUAGCUACUAAAAAUUUCAAUCAGCCUUGGGAAUUUCUGGACUUUUUACGUCAGAAAAUUAAACAUAAAGAUAAUAAAAUAAAUGUAAAUAACAUAAACACAUAUUCUUCUGAAAUAAGAGAAUCUUUCCAAAGUUAUAAUAGUAAAAAUUCGUUUAAUAAACUUUUAAAUUAUUGCCGACUUUAUUUUCAACUUUUCAUAUUAUUACUGAUUGUUUACACAUAUUUCCCACAAGAGUAA